CCAUUGACCUGAUCCGUCGUCGUGACUUUCUCGAGGAAAUGCGCUGCAUUAGAGAGAACACGGCGCCCAAGAGGGAGGAGAUUGAGCACCUCGUGGAGGCCAAGAGCGCGCAGGUGAAGGAGAGCGGCACGAUCUUGCUGGACGGCGUUGAAGCGCUCGCCAAGACGGUGGAGAAGGAGAGCGUGUUCUUCCAGGGUAUCACGCAGAUGCUGCGCAAGUGGAAGAUCUGUGCGCCAAUCCACGGAAAUAUCCCCAAGCCGUUCCGAGCGGGAGAACCGCUGGCGGUUGACUGCAGCUACGGCUGUGGUGAGUGUGUGUUUGAGCUUGGAAUUGUGUGGGCGAAGGAGACUUACGAGGUUGUUGUGAUGCUCGUAUAGCGGGGUCAAUUUUUGUACCACAGACGCGAUCGAUCGCUGAUCUUGCGUAUGCUGAAGUAUGUGUUCGUUGAAGUGAGAGGUGUUAUUGAUCCUCGUGGCUAACUUUUGAAUUGUUGCUGCUGCUAGUUGAGUCGCACGGAAAAGGGACUAGUCCGUGUGAAGACGCCGGAGGACUUCCUGGCUCGUACAAUUCAGGUGUGUAGACAAGUCCACCGAAAAAUCGGCAGGUUUUGUCGUAUCUGACGUUGUGCUUCGUUUAUUCUGAUGAUAUCAGCUGAAACUUGAAGCAAAGGAUACUGGAAAUGAGGGAAACUACACAUUACCGCCGCCUCAGCUGAUUCACAUGUACGAUGAUAUCUGUGCAUGAACGCGCGAGCACAGAACUGACUCGUAUGCUGGUUAUAAAUGCAGGACGAAGGCAGAGAUGGAUGCACUAGAAGAUACCCCUGAGGACCGUAAGAUCUUGGAUGAGCGGAACGUGUCAGUUCUGCGAGCAGUCCAGUUCUCUGUGUUCUGCGAGGAGCUCUUUUACACGCUGAUGAAGGAGGCUCUCCAGAACACGUCCAAGUGGACUGACACAGCGUACAAUAUUAGCAACUACGUGGUGAAGAAGCACGGCAGGGAAGAUGGCGCAGCGACGGACACGCACAUUUCUGUUCUGCAAGUGCUGGAUGACGAGGUUCAGCUCCGCGUGAACGAACGGUAUCACUUGACAAUCAAACUCGUAGACGUGAAGAGUUUGACAAAGAACGAAGACACAGCUACGGAGAAAACAGGAGAAGCAGCGCCAGGGGUUGUUGCGGAUCAGGCACAGGAAACAGAGCCAGAGGUCGAUGUGAAGAUGGAAGAGCCCAAGGUGGACGACACUCAAAUGCCGACCACCAGUCCAGUCAAGCCCCGCCGUGCUGCAUCGAUCUCGUAUUCAACUCCCAUCGACAGCGACGAAGCCUUUUUGACACAGACCUGUCGGUACACGCUCCUGUUGCUACAGCAGGAGAUCCGAACCCGGCACGGUCGCAAGGAGAUUUCUCGGGCAUUGCUGUACACAGGCUUGGAUGUAUCGACGGCUUCUGGAGGUGCGACGGGCAGCGCGGGUGCUGGUGGAGCAGGUGCCGCUGGUAUGGGCCCUGCGAGUGAGGUGGACAAACAUGACAACAAGCCAGGAACGCUCGCCACAGUGUUGGCUGCUUUGGCGCACAACCUGCUGAAGAACGAGGUGGCCCGAUACAUGGACGAGGUGUCUUCAGUACUCGCCUUCCAGAAGCUGCAGACGUCGGCAUCAGGUCGUGUGCUGGACGACGGUUUCCUGCAGCCGAUUUGCGACUCGGUGCGGGGUGUGUACGUGAGUCCGCGAUGGAAAACGUGCGCGUUUGACUCGACGCUGUCAGCCUUUGACCUGACUAUUGGCAAGAAUUUCUCGACUGAAGUGCUCAUCUCUGGAGCGCGUAUUCUUCUUCAGACCGGGAUCGCGACCCAGCGCGAAGUGUCUGGCGUAGAGGGUCUGCGCGAGUUCGUGGAGACGACCGUGUGCUCUCAGGUGGCAUUGGCGCUGCACCGCGACGCGCUCUCGUUCGGACUAAAGCAGAGCUCGAUGAAUCUGGACCGCACAAGUGUCCGCCUCGUGGUCACCGGCGAGUGGGACGGCAGCUGCAUCGGCGAAGGUCGUGUCUCCGACUCGCGCUCAGUCGGCUCGAUCUUCCUGGAGCCGUACUUUGCGGCCGACGGCAGCCUAGCCAUCAACUGUUUGCUGCAGGCCGUUGACGCGAGCAAGCUGGCGCCUCUGCAAGCCACGCUCUGUCGCUCGGCGUCCGGCGAGGUGCACAAGGUGGAGUGGAAGCGGAUACCUGGAUCCAGCGACGCGGGCAAGAUGCUCUGGCUCAUGCAGAAGACCGGUGUGCUAUCCGACCCCUUCAAGCAGCCCCCUAAAGCGAAGACAGCACAACUAUCGAACGGCAGCAAUUAGUCCCCGAAAUGACUUUGAAAGAACGAGGUUCAAAGCAGUAGACAGCGAAAUCAGCCAAGAAAGCUUCGAGCUCGACACCUGAUCAGACGGUUAACGCAAUAGCAGCAUCUCAUUUGUCUUAGACCUCACC